CAUUGACAUUAAUAUUUUGCUCAAGUAAAUAUAUCAGGCGUUUGUGUUAGAGGUUAUUUUAUUUAUUUACAUCUAUUGUUACAAAAAGAAAUAUAAACCUGCAAUUGUUUAAGAAAAACUUAAAAGAGAAUCAUGGAUACUGUUGUUAAAAGUAUGAUGGAAGAAGAUCCUGAAGAGGAAAAGAAGGGCUUAGUUCUCUUUGGUCGAGACUUAUCAACAGUUCCAUGUUUCCGUGAAAGCUUUCUAUAUGGGGUCAGUAGUGGUAUUGGAGUUGGUAUAGCAUCGUUUUUCAAGACAUCAAAACCUUUAUUGUCACAACAUAUUGGAAUGGGAGCAUUUACGAUAACCACACUAGUUUAUUGGUCAUAUUGUAGAUAUAUGUGGUCAAAACAGAAAUUUGAUGCUCAGUUAUUACAAUCAGCGUUAAAAGAUAAAAUUAGAUAUGAAGGUACAGUUGUAGAAAAAGAAAUGGAAGAGAAAGGAAUUCUGAAAUCGGCAUAGAAGGUUUUUGUUAUGUUAAUUGUAUAAUACUGUAAAAUAAUUUCAGUUGUAGA